ACUUCUUCCCUGCAGGUUAUAGAGAUGUGGCUCUACCUGGCUGCCCUCUUGGGGUUUUACUUCCUCUGCCGAUGGUUCCUGGAGAGACAGACUGUGGAGAAAUUGACAGAGAAAUAUGUGUUCAUUACCGGCUGUGAUUCUGGGUUUGGGUACCAUCUCGCCAGGCAGCUGGAUGCCCAGGGCAUGCGAGUGUUGGCAGGUUGUCUCACCCAGAAAGGGGCAGAUCAACUGGAAAAGGUCACAUCAGAAAGGCUGAAAACCACGCUCUUGGAUGUCACCAGCACAGAAAGCGUGGCUGCAGCAACUGAGUGGGUGAAAGGAUGUGUUGGGAAUAAAGGACUCUGGGGACUGGUAAAUAAUGCGGGCAUAGCUGUACCCCAAGCUCCUAAUGAAUGGCUGACCAAGGAAGACUUUAUGAAGGUGAUAAAUAUCAACCUCUUUGGGGUUAUUGAUGUGACAGUGCACGCCCUACCUCUGUUGAGAAAAGCCAGAGGGAGGAUUGUCAACAUGUCCAGCGUGGCAGGAAGACUAUCGUACUUUGGAGGAGGUUACUGCCUGUCCAAGUAUGGCGUGGAAGCCUUCUCUGAUUGUCUGAGGCGAGAGCUCCGUCCUUUUGGGGUUCAAGUCAGUAUUAUAGAGCCUGGUGGUUUUGCUACACCCAUUCAGAACAAUAUUGUAGAGGCCUUCCAAACGGCAUGGAGCCAGGUGCCUUCUGACACCAAAGACGCCUAUGGGCAGCAAUACAUGGAGACCUGCUGCAAAUUGCUCCGGGAUCGCUCAAAGAGAGCCAACAACAACAACUGGCUGGUCACCGACAGCAUAGAACAUGCCUUGACAUCCCGCUACCCUCGCACUCGCUACUCUAUAGGUCGAGACGCAAAAUACUUCCACCUUCCUAUGUCUUAUUUGCCAACAGCUGUGUCAGAUUUUGUGCUGGCUCGCUUUAUGCCAAAGCCAGCACUGGCAUUGUAA